AAUUAAAUUAUAUUUUAAAUGUGAAAUACUAUUUAAAUUUUUUUUAUUGUAAAUUAAUUUUAGAAAUCAAAAUUUUAUUUUCUGAAUAUAAAAAUAAUUUUAUGAUAUUAUUAAAUAAAAUAAAUGAAUUAGUUAUAUAUUUUCUUUAAUUUUAUAAAUUAUAAAUGCAAAUGUUCUUUUAAAGGUUACAACACCCGAUAGAUCAUGUAUGUACUUUCUAGGGGUCAAUCCAAGGCGACCAACGGACCCAUUACAGAGCUUAGGCUUCUGUGCCCCCAGCCACCGGACCAUAGCCGCUCGAUUUUUCAACGCUAAGUUUAGAAUUCUAAUUUGAAUAAAAUCAUCAUUUAGAUGAAAUUUUUGGUAUAUGUAUAGUUUUGACGGUUUUUCCGGAACUAUAAUGUAACAUUUCGAGUUGUGAUAUAUGGAAAAAACAUAAGAGAAUUGAUUUAGCUAUCUAUGUCACCAAAGUUGACUUACUUUUUCCGUCACUCUCGUUUAGAACUCCAAAGUUAAGCAUGCUUGGGCUGGAAUAGUGAAAAGAUGGGUACCUAUCGGAAAGUGAUUCGCGAUACCGUGCAAGUGAGGUCAAAGUACAAGGAAAUGUCAUGUGGUGAUUGUAGGACCAGCAAACAUGACUUUCGGGCCUUAGAAAAAUUAACGCACCGCCCGUCAGACGGGAUAGAGCCACGGGCCAAGAGGGCGGACGUGAGUGGCCCAUUAGCCGUGGGCGGCCAGGGCAUUAUAAGUGGUAUUAGAACUAGUUAGCCAUCUCGGUUCUGAUCUGAGAAGCGUCUUGAGACAUGUUGUGUGAAUUGUAACAAUCCGAGUUGUGAUAUAUAGAAAAGGCAAAGAGAAUUGAUUUGGCUACCUAUGUCACCAAAGUUGACUUUCUUUUUCCAUCAAACAUCCGUUUAAAACUCCAAAGUUAAGCAUACUUUGGCUAGAGUAGUGAAAGGAUGGCUGACCUAUCGGGAAGUAAUUCGCAAUGACCAAAGUAUGGGAAAAAGUCAUGUGGUGAUUGCAGGAUCAGUAAAAAAUGAUUUCGGAUCUUGGAAAAUUUAACGCACCGCCCAUUAGAACGGGAUGGGGUCCACGGACCGAGUUAACGGGCGUGAAUGGUCCAUUAGCCAUAGACGGUCGGGACGUUACAUAUAGUUUGACGGUUUCUAAUUUGAAUAAAAUCAUCGAAAUUUCUUAUACUCUUGCAUAAUGUCAUUCUCAGUGAGGUAUUUGCCUCAAACUAUACAUAUACCAAAAACUUAUGCGGUGUUCUAUGAUUGGUUUAAUCCAGUUAUUUCUAUCGGAUUAUUUGUGCAAUUGACUGAAAUCAAACAUUUUUACACGAUAUUUCUGUUUUAUCUCAAACGAGACUAAAAUGUUCUAACCCUCUUUUUUUGACAUCAAAAGGAAAUGUUGUAACCUUAAGAGUAUUUGGAGAUCAUUAUCAUUUAGUAAAUACUUCUCUAAAUGCUUUUCUAACAAUUGUUGAUUAGAUAAUAUAAAGCAUAAUACUAAUACUAAUGUCCUACCAAUCAAAGCCUAACCGUUCCACAAAGAUUGAUAUUUUAGGAAAAAAAUGUAUUUCACAAGUAUAAUUUCUUUGAAUUAUUGAAAAUUGAUAAUUGACUUUAUUAUAAAUGAUUUAGUGUACUUUAUUAAUACGUGUAAAAACUCUAAAAGUGUAUCUAGAAGACUAGAACUGAGAUGGUAGUAAUUAAUUCAUUACAAAUCUGAUCUGCUGGACUCUGUUUUUUUUUUCUUUCAUGGUUCUGUUUCAGCUCAGAAGUAGGAGCUUUGCAUUCAUUAACGCUCUCUUUCACUGAAGAACAUAUGGCAGAAAAUGUUAAAGAGCAUGGAGAUGGAAGUGCAGAGCUGGUUAAAUCCAUGGGUGAUAAUAAAUAUGCUAGUCUCAUGAGACCAGCUGGUAGAUAUUACUCUGCUAUUAAAGAUGCUACGGUUUGUGGGAAGGGAAGAUAUACGCUUGUAAAAGACGUGGACGAUGUUGAAAAUGGAGCCUAUGACAAACCUCUUCCAUGCUUUGGUUGCGGAAUCGGAUGGUUCUCCUUUCUCAUGGGGUUUGUAUUCCCAUUCUUGUGGUACUAUUCGACGUUUCUCUAUUUUGGGAACUACUACCGCAAGGAUCCUAGAGAAAGAGCAGGACUUGCUGCUUCCGCAAUCACUGCGAUGGGAUUCUCCCUCUUGCUACUGGUGAUUGUUGCCUUCAGGUGGUUUUAGUGGCUUAUUCUUACGUAUACACCAUUAUCUUGACAUAUAUAUGUAUGAUCUUGGUCUCGUUCUUGUCAAAAGGAUUAUAGAGGAUGGACUUAUAUGUUUGUCUGUACAUUCAAUUUAAAUACUAUAUACCUCAUCUUUGCUCCAGCUCUCUAUCAUUUUCUUCUCGCAAUCUACAAUGUGUGUAAAGAGAAGAACAAAAGAAAAUAAAAUAAAUGAGCAAUUGUUUCCUUUGUUUCUUUCUUGAGGAGGUGAUAUGAGAAUAUGGUUUUAACGGUUUGGUUUUGACCCGGUAGAGAGCAAACCAAUUAGAUAUUGGAAUUACAUUAAUUUAUUUAAUGAAAUUGAGGAAGUUGACGUUCACGCGCCACAUAUAUAAAGCUUCUGUUUAAUAUAGUGUAUUAGAAGAGUACUACAAGAUGAACAAAAGGUUUGGGGGGAAGAUACCGACCGGAACUCCGUCACUAGCGUUGUCAACUAUCGUCGUUGUAGCCUCACUUCUCGGUGGAGCCUCCAUCGUCCACAAUUUAUACAAACCAGAUCUUAGAUUACCUCAGAUGGAAAAUGAUGAACCAGACAAGAAGAAAGAAUCUGGAAACAAAGAUUAAAAAUCUUUUCUGAUUAGUUACAUUUCUUAAUCUCCUCUGGCUUCGAAUGUUGUGAACUUAAGACUCUCUGUAUGUGAUUUGCAACUUUCAUUUACGUGGCGAUUCCCAACACACUAAGUACAGAUUUAUGCA